GAAAGAUUUUCUUCCGCUUCCUGUGUAAUCUCCGGCGACAGCGUGGAACUGAAGUACUGUCAUAAACUAUCAGAUUUCGUUUGCCAGGUAUGGCUAGUGAAGCAGAAAUCCAGCUGAUGGAAGACAGAGCCAACAGAGCAGACGAAAUCAUACAGACGCUGAGGGUGGAACUCGCAUCACUGCAGCAGGCUGCCGUGGCCCAGCUGGUCGAGAAGGGGAGCAGACGACUGAGAGAGGAGAACGAAGCAUUAAAAAGGGAGGUGCAGGAUCUGAAACGCUCGUUAUACAAGUGGCAAGUGCGCAAUGGAGCUACUCUCGUGCCCCUGCCCUCGGAGGCAGAGCUGAAGUCGUCCGGCUCACCCGGCGCGACGCCCGCCGUCGUUGAGCAGACAACAGCAGACAAGAGGAUAACGGCACCAGCACCCGAAGCUACGCAGAAGUCACCGGGCGACAAGGCGAAGACAGGCGGUGUGGGCAAGAAGGAGAAGAACAAGGGCGGAAAGAAAGAGAAGGAGCCUCGCAAGCAGCAGCAGCAGGAGGAGGAGGUGGCGGCGGUGGACGUGUCGCGGCUGGACUUCCGCAUCGGCCGCAUGGUCAGCGUGAAGAAGCACCCGGACGCCGACACGCUCUACAUCGAGGAGGUGGACCUCGGCGAGGGCAAGCACCGGACGGUGGUCAGCGGCCUGGUCAAGCACUGCACAAUAGAGGAGAUGACCGACAGGCUGUGCGUGUUCAUGUGCAAUCUAAAGCCGGCGAAGAUGCGGGGAAUCCUGUCCGAGGCGAUGGUGAUGUGUGCGAGCUCGGCCGAGCACUGCGAGAUACUGGUACCGCCACCUGGCAGCGAAAUCGGCGACGCAAUCGUCUUCGACGGCUACUCCGGUACACCGGACGCGAUGCUAAACCCGAAGAAGAAGGUGUGGGAGCAGGUUGCGCCCGAUCUGCAGGUAUCCAACGACCGCGUCGCCAACUACAAGGGAUCGCCGUUCAGCAUUGCCGGCAAGGGCUUUGUGAUGUCACCGUCUCUCACCAAUGUGCAGGUAAAAUGAACUGGAGGGAGUGACGGCCUGUACUGGCUCCACGAGGCAUCAACGUUCAGUGGUGCAGGUGUACGGAGCUGAGAAGAGAGCACGCACGAGCGACGUGAGAGGGAGCUUGGGGCACGUGGUCAAAGAUGCAAGUAGUUUUGACGUCGUAAUUCUACAAUCUCGUGACUUUUGAAGCGUGAGUGUCGUGCUAACGUUAUGACGUUGUUAGUAUGAACUAUGAUAGUCAUGAUUGUUGUGAUGUUUCUGCCAAUGGGCCUCCUGGACCGACUCUACGGGUCUCUGCUAUACCCAGGUCUCCAGUGUGCAGGUCGGAUGUGCUGCAAUUAUAGAUGGUUGUGGAUGUGGUCUGGUUUGUCAAAGUAUUGCAAUAAAGGCGAGUCAUUGAGCAGAUGGUUUGUGGACA